CUCUCUCCCACUCUCUGGCUCAGCUUGCCAGUCCGGCAGCUCUACUUCGGAUCUCUUAACCACCUGGUCCAGUAACGAGACCUAGCAGCUGAGGAGGAGGAAGCGGAGAAGAUCGCCAAGGCUUCCCACGGCCGCCUCGCCGCCCCCAGGGGUUGGCGGGGAAGGAGCAGCUGGGAGCCCCCCAGAAGCACUUCUUCAGAAGACAAUGCACUCGGCGCUUCGCAACCACAGUCCAGUCUCCUCUUCCUCCGGCUCCUUUCCACCGCCCCCGGCCGCUUCCCAGCUGCAGCCGUUCUUUUUUCGGGGGGGUUCCUACCGCAGCUGCCGGAGGGGCUCUAAGGAUAGCAGCACCAGCACCAGCACCAGCCCCAGCAGGGGAGGAGGAAGGAGACGAGGCAGGGGAGGCGGAAGCUUCGGCGGCUCCCCCAGCAGCAGCACGGGAGUGGAGCGGGAAGACGAAGACGAAGAGAGCAUCAGUAUCAACAAACCCCUGGUGCCCGCCACAGCUUCUGCCCCCCUGCAGCCCCCUGCUCAAGGAGGCGCUCAACUGAUCGCUCACACCGCCUCUUUCUCCUGCUCUUCCUCCAAGUCCACAUCCACCUCCUCUUGUAGUAUGACCGCAGUGGAUUUUGCCGGCGGGGGUGGAGCGGGACCCAUUGGAGGGCCAGGGGGCCGUUCGUCCGGGGGCCCCGGUGGGCCCAGCGGCGGCAGCGGCUCCUUUUGCUGCGCCUGCUGCUGCUGUUGCUGCGGCCACUCAUCCAGGCCCCCGUCCAGGGGUCGGCGAGGCUGUUGUGCCCCUACUUCUGAGUGCAAGUGGGGUUACCAGGCGCUGUCCGUGGUGCUGUUGCUGGCUCAAGGCGGGUUGCUGGACUUGUACCUCAUCACUGUCACCGAUCUGUACUGGUGCUCCUGGAUCGCCACGGAUCUGGUGGUCGUGGUUGGCUGGGCCAUUUUUUUCGCUAAGAACAGCCGGGGCCGAAGAGGAGGAAGCGCGGCCAGCUUGCACAAUCAUUACCAGCACCACCACCACUCGGCACCCCCACCUCUCCACCUGCCCGCUCCAUCGGGCGCAGCCGUGGGAGCCGGGGCUGGAGGCAAAGUGAGGGGUCGCGGGGGUGGGGGCGGCCCGGGAGAUGGCUUGGACUCUGCCGGCUCGGGGGGAGAAUUCGCUUUUGCCUACUUGGCCUGGCUGAUCUACUCCAUCGCCUUCACGCCCAAGGUGAUUUUGAUACUUGGCACGUCCAUCCUGGACCUAAUCGAACUACGAGCGCCGUUUGGUACCACGGGCUUCCGUCUCACUAUGGCGCUCUCUGCGCCCCUGCUCUACGGUUUGGUACGGGCCAUCAGUGAGGCUGGCGCCCCCCUGGGAUCGGCAGGACCCCUGCUCCUACAGCCCCAGCAGCACCGCGCCGCUGGCUGCUUCCUGGGCACUUGCCUAGACUUACUGGACAGCUUCACCCUGGUGGAAUUGAUGUUAGAAGGCCGGGUACCUCUGCCUUCCCACCUGCGCUACCUGCUCAUCUCUGUCUACUUCCUGACCCUCACUUCUCCAGUACUCUGGCUGUAUGAACUCAACACCCCCCCACCCACGGGAGCCCCGUCCUGGGGACCCGGGGCCGGGGGCUGUAGCAGGCUCCUGAGAUUGCUGGCUGGCUGCUUGGUGGACGUGCCUUUGUUGGCCUUGCGCUGCCUUCUGGUGGUGAGCUACCAGCAGCCACUCUCAGUGUUCAUGCUCAAGAACCUCUUUUUCCUUGGUUGCCGGGGAUUGGAAGCCCUGGAAGGUUGUUGGGGCCAAGGGAGUCUGGGUUCCCCUAACAGAAUCCGAGGAGGCUACGGAGUCCCUCCUCCAGCUCCGCCCCCAUCGCCACCGCCGACCACCCCUCAGGGAGGUUCUCAGUUGGGUCACUGCAUCCCAGAGAAUGACACGGGACCUCAUGGCUACGUCAAUACCCUGGUUGUCUCCUCCCAGAAUUAAGGAAGAAGUCAUACUUAGACUUCUCAUACUUUCUACUUCCCACCCAUGUUCCCACUUGUUCUUUCUACUUUUUUCCUUCAUCUAGAUCUGGAUCAGGUUAUUGGAGGUUGAUCUUCCCACUACCUUGUUACUGUUUUCCUGUAAGAGAGCUACUUUCUGGGGUGAGGAGCAAUAGACAGUGAGGAAAGUGGGUCCUUUUAAUCUAUUGAAAAUUCAUCCUUUCCCCCUCCUUCCCAGACUCAAGCCUCUAAAAGAACAACUAAUAAGCUGAAGAGCUUUUUCCCACUCUUGCUCCUCAUCAUUUCCCAUAGAAAUCAUGUACAUAUACAGUCAUUAUAGGAGAAGGUGAGACAGAAGGGGAAACAAUAGGAGAGGAACCAGAGGUUUAGCUAACUCAGUCCCUGGUCUUGCUCUCAGUAAGAAACAGUUUUCCCUGUAUGAAGCUCUCCCAUGCUAGGGUCAGUAAUAACCUAUGCCCAACAAGUGGUAAUGGACCUAACCACUUUGUUCUCUUCUCUCUCCCUGAUGAACUUUUUGCAAGCAGAGAUGGAGGUAUGUGGUAGAAAGAACACUGACCUUGGAGUCAGAUAACAUGACUUUGAAUUCUGGCACUGCCAUUUACCAUGUGUAAUAGCUUAGCCAAACUACUUAACCUUUCAGGCCAGUUUUCUCACUUGUAAAAUGAAAGGUUGGGCUAGAUGAUCUCAAAAGUCCUUUCUAGCUCUUAAUUUUUAUAAGUGAUGGCCAUAGGAUGUGUUAGUGAGUGAAUGUGUGUAUGUGUAAUGUGUGUGUGCUAUUUGUCACUUACUAGGUGAUCCUUUCCAGUUGGUGAGAGACAAGAAGCAAUGAGCUUUGCUCACUUCCUUCCCCUCAACUUUCCACUCAUACUUGAACAUGACUGAACAGAAAACACUGGAUCUGGAGUCAGAUGAGCUGGGUUAAAAUCCUGGCUUUGCUAAUUACUUACUACCUUUGUGACUUUAGGCAAAUCACUUUGUGUCUCUGGGACUCAGUUUUCUGAUCUAUAUAUGAAGAGAUCAGUCAUGCAGUGGAAAGAAUGUUAGCUUUGGAGGCAAAGGACAGCUCCAGUACUUACUACCUGUGUGAUCUUGGGCAAGUCACUUAAACUUUCUAAGCCUCAGUUUCCUCAUCUGUAAAAUGAGGGAGUUGG